AUGGUGACUCCGAUUUUCUACGAGGUUGAUCAUUCUGAUGUUAGGAAACAGACCGGAGAAUUUGGAAAGGUCUUUGAAGAGACAUGCAAGAACAAAACAGAUGAUGAGAAACAAAGGUGUAGGAAAGCUCUAGCAGAUGUGGCAAAUAUGGCUGGAGAGGAUUCUCGAAACUGGUGUAAUGAAGCAAACAUGAUUGAAACAAUUUCCAACGAUGUUCCGAAUAAGCUCAUAACACCAUCGAGUGAUUUAGGUGAUUUCGUUGGUGUUGAAGCUCAUUUAGAGAGAUUGAGUUCAUUGUUGUGCUUGGAAUCUGAAGAAGCUAGAAUGGUAGGGAUUGGUAAGAGUACCCUAGGAAGAGCUCUUUUCAGUCAACUCUCUAGCCAAUUCCCCCUUCGCGCUUUCGUAACUUAUAAACCAACCGAGAAGAACAGGUUUUAUCAGAAAUUUUAUGUCAAAAGGACAUAA